GCGCGGGCGGGAAGGUUGAAGUUCUAGCGUCUGGGCGUGGGCGCCUGCCUCAAUCGAAGCUCGAAGCUGGUGGGAGGAGGCGUUCGAGGCCACCUGCGGGUUUUUCAGCGGCGCAUUGCCGCUAUUCCUCUAGCGGGAUGAAGCGGACGGCGUUGGCUGUCUGCGAGAUUUUGAAAUAUUUAAUAAUCCACUGGAGGUGUGAAACCGAAAUAUCAAAGGGAGCAUUGCUAGAAGGGCAGCUAGUGAUUUCCAUAGAAGCAUUAAAUUCUAAGCACCGGCCAGAUGCUCUUCAUUGUGUAACAACUAUUUCUUCUGUAAGAAGCAUUUGUGGUGGCUUGGUCCUCAAAAAGUUCCUAAAAGAAAUACAGUCUGUACUGCAGGGGUUCUCUGCAAAGCUGAUUUGGACGUCCGAGGAAAGCAGCUGUUCUCGGAGCACAUCAAGGGCAACACCCUUCCAGGUGACUUUUGAGAUUCUUGAAAAGCCCAGAACUUUCAUGACAGAUUGUCUGGUUAUAAAACAUUUUUUACAUAAAAUCAUCAUAGUACACCACAAGCUCAAGUUUACUUUCAGUGUAAAGGUAAAUGGAUUCCUUUCCACAGAGAUCUUUGGGGUAGAAAAUGAACCCACUUUGAAACUGUGGAAUGGAAUUGCUGUUGUUGUAAACUGUCAGCAUUAUGUAAGUGGACUAAAAAUCAGCACAACUGAAUCACACUGUAGCAGGAUCCACCCUGUGCCAGGACAUCCAGUAACGCUCUCAAUUCCUGAAGAUGUGGCUGGCAUGGACUUGUUGGGAGAUCUGAUAAUGACUCCAGCUGCUGCUCUCUGCCCCAGCCCCAAGGUCUUUUCCAGCCAGCUGAACAGGAUUUCAUCGGUUGCCAUAUUUCUAUAUGGACCUUCAGGCCUGCCUCUGAUGUUGUCAAAUGAGGGCCAGCUAAAUACCACUGUCUUCAAAGAUCCCUUUCAUUUCAUUGACUGGAAGAAAUACCACUUGUGUGUGGUUCCCAGCUUGGAUCUCAAUUUGAAUAAAGAUUUGGUGCUUCCAGAUGUGAGUUAUCAGGUGGAAUCCGGUGAGAUGAAUCACUCUCAGAAUACGGACCUUCAAGGACAAACUCUACUGCUUUUCCUUUUUGUGGAUUUCUAUAGUGGAUUUCCAGUCCAGCAAAUGGAGAUUUGGGGAGUCCAUACUUUGCUCACAGCUCAUCUCAAUUCCAUCCUCAUGAAGAGCCACAGUGCAGUACAAGAUUCGAUUCAUGCCACUCUGGACCAGAUCUUGGAGCAGCAUGACCAGGCUGCCAAGGCUCAUCAGAAACUGCAGGCUUCACUCUCAGUGGUUGUGAAUUCCAUCAUGAGUGUGGUGACUAGGAGCACAAGCGGUAGCUUCCGAAAGACAUGUCUCCAGGCCCUUCAGGCAGCUGACACACAGGAGUUUGGGACCAAACUGCACAAAAUAUUUUGUGAUAUCAUCCAGCAUCGAUAUCUUCACCGCUGCUCAAGUGAUGUAAAACAACUGAUUCCAGAGAAAAAGAAUUCUGCCCAGAGCACAGAGGAAGCACGUGAAAACAGCCGCCCAGAGCUUCUUGCAGAGAUCAGCAGACGAGCACAACGCAAGAGGCUCAAGAGCGGCAGCGCUCAUCAGGGUGAGGAGAUGCGCAUUUUCGUGGCCUCCCAUAGCGCGGACCCGCCCAGCGCCUCUCUCUUCCAGAGGGGAGAAGAGGUCUGCACAGCCCACGACAGAAACCCAGCCUGGGAGAGGGGAAGCCCAGUGAUCGCAGGCCUGGAGGCCACAGAGAGCACCACGCAAGUAAGGGCAGGCGGGCCAGGGAUCGGGCAGUUGCAGAAAGGACCUUGGGCCCCUUUUCUCCCGCAGGAUGCACUCUGGCUGCAGGAAGUCUCUAAUCUGUCAGAGUGGCUGCAUCCGAGCUCUGAGUCGUGAACCAUGCCGCUCCUGAAUCUCCUGGGGUGGGGGGGAGCGAAACUGAGGGCGACUGCGUGAUGUUUGAUUUAAUAAAAUUGCUCCAUGCCUGCGAA